AGACAACCAUACUCACGAUAAACAUAAAAGAGUAGAUUAUGUAAAAAAAUAGAGAUUACAUGUUCAUUUGACCUGUUAUCCAUGUACAUCUAUUCAUUUGACUUAUUAUUUAUUUACAUUUCCCCACCAUACUCUAUGUACUAGCGUGUGCACCAUUUUAAGUAGAUGAACAAUAUUUUAAAAAAAAAAUUAAAAAAAAUUGAAAGAUCCCGUAAAAAAAAAAAAAAAUUGAGAAAAAAAUUUCUGGUCUGGGACAUGCUCGAUAUUUCUCAGUCUACAGAAGCAGUUGAAAGACUAGUAUACAACGAGGGUUGUGCAAUUUUGAGACUGAAUUAAUGGAGAGAGUAAAACAUGUUUUAGAUUUGAGUGAAGACGAGUCAGAAAGCGUUUCACGACUCAGUGUUAACCCGCACGAGUUCCAAGUGGGACCCAGUUUCUAUGAGGAUUUUGCUCUCAGGGGUAUCCGAGUUGACCGAGUCGAACCUGGGUUCAUCUCUUGUACCUUCAAGGUUCCUCCUCGUCUUACUGAUCGAACUGGAAACCUGGCGGGUGGUGCAAUCGCCAAUCUCAUUGACAUAGUUGGUAAUGCAUUGAUUUACAGAGUUGGAAGACCUAUGAAUGUGUCUAUCGAUAUGUCGAUUUCAUAUUUGUCAAAUGCAAAGCUUGAUGAUGAGUUGGAAGUUACGUCAAGACUGCUAGGGAAAAUUGGAGCUGUUUCUGGAACUUCGGUUAUCAUCAAGAAGAAGGCUUCUGAAGAAAUUGUUGCUGAAGGACGACAUUCAUUGUUUAGCAGACCUAAGAGAAUAUGUCAAUUGUUAUGUGAAAACUUCAGCAUUAUGGAAAGGCUAGAGAAGUCGAGAAGAACUUAAAUAGGGUGAAGUGUAAACCCUUGUAUAUCCAAGCUAUGCUCGUGUUCCAUCUCAAAGUAUUUGAAAGAUUGGUAAUUAACUUGCUAGUUUACGUGCAUUUGUAAGUAAUCUAAUUUGAGGAAUGAUAAGUGACUAUGCUUUAUUGAUGUUGUUCAUCUUUAGAGGAUAUGGGUUGAAGAGGUUUGGCUAAAGCGGUGAGUAACCGCAUCUCCCAGGGACCUUGGUGCUGGGUUCGAUUUGGCAUACUUCCCUCCCCCCGCUGGAUUUAUUUCUUGUAUUCUAUUGAGGUAGGAUCUGCAAAAACUUUUAGAGGUUAUGGGUCAAAAUAAUAUCCCUGCAUUCUUUUGCAGUACAAUUUCUUUGAGUUAUGCCGUUCAUUGCACCAUGCACUCAUGACUCAACAUGCCUACACUUGAGGUAUGUGACCGGUGUGUGCAUCGCAUACCAACACAUGUAUUGCACACUAACGCAACUGUCUGUAUGUGUCGAUGCAUGUAAUGUGUUAUUUGGCUGCUGAGAACAUGCUUGCGUGCGGUUGCGAGCAACAUUGCAAAAAUGUACAAACAACCUGGGAUGGUCUUUUGUACCUUCAAGAUUCCUUGUUGCAUCAUUAUAAGCUCAACCCUAUUAACACUGAAUUCGUAUGAAUAUAUUGUUUUUUUUGGCAAA